AUGUCUAGCCCGACUACUGCUCUUCAUGAAACACCAAACAUCUACGCCGCAGGUUCGCUGGCAGAAAUCCAGGCGUCUCUUGCUGAGCUAGGUCGACAGGAAAGUUCUGUGACUGCUCGCCUCGAUGCCUUGCUUGCCUCACAAAAGGAUCUGUCUCGUGAACUUGGAAGACUCGAUCUCUUGCGUGCUCGACUGGGUUCUCAGGUGAUCAAUACGCGCGCAAUUAGCAAUGGCAUGCUGUCUGAUGCUGCUUCCACCGCAAACCGCAUCUCUAGUGCGGUCAAGCAGCUGGACCUUGAACAGUCCAACGUAAAGGCUACCUUGGAAGUAGUCGAGCAAGUAGUCGAGCUCAAAGCGUGUGUUCUCGGUGUCAAUGGCUCCAUGGGCGCUCCACAGGAUUGGGAGACUGCGGCUGGCUACCUCAGUCGAGCUUCAAAGAUUCCAGCUGAUGUAAUAGAUGGCACCUUUGCCGAAGAAAACGUGCCUACUGCCGAAGUACCUGACCCUCCAAGGGUGACUUUGGACUCCGCUGCAGAGUCACUUUGUGGACUCUUCCUGCGGGAGUUCGAGAAGGCUGCAAAGGAUGGUGACGGCAGCAAGGUCACUCGCUUCUUCAAGCUGUUCCCGCUCAUAGGACGAUCCGACGUAGGACUAGAUGCUUAUGGUAGGUAUGUGUGCCAUGGUGUAGCUUCAAGAGCUCGGACGACAUUGAAUUCUGGGAAUGCGAAGAAAGAAGGCUUCUUCUACGGAAAUGCUUUGACCAAAUUAUUUGAACAUAUCGCUCAGAUAGUGGAUAGCCACGAACCCCUUGUUGAGCGGCACUAUGGCACUGGCAUGAUGGUCAAAGUCAUCGAGCGUUUGCAGAUCGAGGCUGAUGUCCAGGGUGGCAUCAUAUUGGACACUUGGCAUGAUGAGCGUGUUAUCGAUCGCAAGUUGACAGACAUUAAAUCCUACGCAUUCUCAUUCCUUGUUCAAAGCUUUCUACCAAAUUCGAAACCCACUACUGGCACUCCUCGCUCUUCAUCGCCUGCUGUGAACGGCUCGACGGCAUCGCAAGCCACUGAAGACGAAGGCGUCGACAUGAAAGAGAUAGACGGCCUUCUUGGUGAAACUGCGCUCAUGUUGGGACGAUGGUCUCUUUACUCGCGAUUCAUUGCCAGUAAAUGCACUCCUCAGGAUGAUAAUCUCGACCGGCCUUCAUUGGUCAUGCCUCAGGUGCUGCUUGGAAGUAAUUUACACGACAAGGUCAACAAAUACGUCCUCGAGCCAUUCAACCUCAUGACGACCUUCUUCUUCCGGCGAUCCGUCGAGAAAGCGUUUCAACUUGAUGAAUCUCCAUCUGACCUCACUCUAAAUCCUAACAAGCCCCUGGCAGCCAACCCUCCCUUCAUUACUUCUGCUGUCGACGAUGUCAUGUACAUCGUCAAUCAAGUCCUUCAACGGUCACUCGCGACAUCUCAACGUACCGUCGUUGCCAGUGUUAUUCCUGACAUCGGUCGAGUCCUCGGUGCUGAAUUCGUUGGCAUGGUACAGCGCAAGAUGCGGGACGAGAGUUACCCCAAAGCCGCAAUCCAGGGCGCACUUCCUCCCGAAGACAAGAUCAUCUCUUUCUUGGUCCUCAUCAACAAUCUCGAUGUCUCCAACGACUACAUCAAGCGUAUUGUUGAAUCGCAUCUUCCGGAUCCCGAUGAGAACAGCGACGAGGGCCACCCACUUGAGAACAUAUUUCCCUUUGGUCACGACGCCGUUUUCGUGGGGAAUAUCCUUCGCUCCAUGCGACAGAGCUUCGAAUCCAAAUCUGGGGAAUUGAUUCACGAUAGCAUCUCCGUCAUGUUUCACCAGGUCAUGAAGCCACGAAUACGUACUAUACUGACCGAAGCUUUUCGCGAUAUCGACUACAACAUGACUACAGAGGAAAUUGAAGCAGAAGAAGGAUCUGACGAUCAUGAAAGCUUGGUCAAGUCCCGCUUUGACCGCGGCUGGAACAGUCUGACAAGACCUAUCAAGCGGAUAUUGACAGAAAGAAACUUUGACCGCCUACUCACUGCUGCGAUGCCUGCGCUCAACAAGUCACUCGAGAGCCGGAUCAAGAGCUUUUACGGACGAGUGAAUGAACUUGGAGCUGUGCGGAUGGAGAGAGACAUUGCCAACAUUGUAUCAGUAGCUGUGACUGGCAAUCGCUAUGGCCUACGCGACGCCUUUGCACGUUCAAUCCAGAUGACACUCAUCAUGAACAUGGAAGACGAUGAGUGGGAGGAGGUUGCUGAGGAAGACGGGGGAAAGGAAAAAGAGAUGGGAAUCACCUGGGUCCUAGACAAGAGUGAACGGCUGAGAGCGAGAGCUAUAGUCAAGGACAACGCUUGA